AUGGGGGAUUCCUCCACGCACCAGUCUUCCUUGCCUCAACACGUGGAAACAGAGAAAGGAAGCUACGUAACAGAGCCGUUCAAUGGUGCUAAUGGGGAGUUGAGCACUACUCCCCCCAUGAGUGACACUGUGUGUCGUCCUCCAUUGUUUGAACAUGACGGCGAUUUCGUCACGGCGGAAAUGGGACCCGAGACUAAUCAACAGCCCACUGCCCCUCAAUCAGCCGUGGGAAACGAGUUCCUGGGGCAGUGUGCGGAAGAAGAUGAGGUGGCGAUGGCUUUUACCGAGAAAUUCACGCACACUACCAAACCACAGCCUUCACACAGCCUUCCAUCGCCUGAUUCCACAGGCACGACGUCAGGUCUAAGCACAGUGAGCUAUUUACAGUGGCCCACUACCGAGCAUUGA